AGACAAAUCUGUAUUUAGAAGCUCAGUCACUCCGAUUUCCCCGUAAACGUUAGUCGUGAAUAUAUCCGUGUUGUGAAAAAUGAAUAAAAAGGGAAAAAAUAAAAAAGGGAAAGUUCCCAAUCCUACACCUGUGAGGGAAGAAAAAAGUGAUAAAAUCGAAGAUAUAGACAAAAGUGUUGAAAAAACUGAAAAUGUGGAGGUGACUGCCAUUGAUAAACCAGAAAAAGCCGGUGUGAUCGAAGACAUAGUACCGAAGAUAGAAGAAAAAGUUGAAAGUGUGAAAGAAGAACGUGUGCCAGAAAUUUUGAGUGAAAUUAUAGCUCCAGCUGCAGAGUUCAAAGAUGAAGAAUCUCCCAAAAAACCUAAACGUAAUAGAGGAAAGAAGAAAAAAGGUAAGGACGAUGACUUUGAAGAUAAUACAGAAGAAAAACCUAAAGAAACUGACAUCCAAUUGCCUGUAGAAGAGAAAAAAGAAAUUGAAAUACCAGAUAUUGAAACCAAAUCUGAAGAAUUACCACAAAUAACACCGACAGCUCGUAAAAAGAAAAAUAAAAAGAAGAAUGCGGACCAAAAGGCUGAUGAUAUUGUGACUCCUGAUUUGGAACUUCCAAAUAUUCCACUACAAGAGGAAAAGAAAGAACCUGAAGUGAAAGAGGUAAUACCAGAAGUGAAAGAAGAGUUGUUAAAACCAGAAGUGCUAGAACAAGAAAUAAAGCCUGCCAAAAAGAAAAAUAAGAAAAAGAAGAGGAAUGAUUCCGAAAAGUCUGACAAAGAAGAAUUCUCUUGCACUGCCGCUUUCCAGAAAAUUCUUGAUGAAAAGGAGGAACCUGAAGCUCAAAUUGAAGAGCAAGUUAGUGAGCCAGUUAUUCCAUUAGAAAGUAUUAAGAUGGACGUUGAAAGUACUGAAACGAAAUUAGAAAAGACUGAAGAUAUUCUGCCAAUACCACCAGCAAUGGAAAAAGCUUCAACUCCUGUUAAAGAACUUGAAGAAGUCAAGGAAGCACCAAUAGCUGAGAGUAAAGGUAAAAAGAAAAAUAAAAAAGACAAAAAGCAAACUCCAAAAUCCGAUGAAAAAGAAGGAAAAUAGGUAGCAAAACCAGAUGACAUCAAGGUUGAAGAAACUCCUCUGCCAGUAGUCACACCAGUCGAAACACUAAUUCCAGAACCAGUAAAAGGGGAAUCAAGUAUAACUAAAGAAGAGAAUAUUAAAGAUGUAACAGUAGCAGAAUCACCUGAACCAAUAAUCAGUGAUUUGAGUCCAAAACCUAAAGCUAAAAUAGCAAAACCAGUAGGAAAGAAGCGCAAAGGUAAACAAGACGCUCAAGUUUCUGAGAGUUCAACUCAGGAAAUACUUGAAGCUUUGAUAGCCGAACCAGAACAAACAAGAGCAGUAACACCUGAUCCAAAACCUUUGAAACAAGAAAAGAUCGAAGAAAUUGUACUGCAACCUACACAGCAAGAUAUACCAAGUGACAUCACUUUCACGGUACCAGAUGAAGACGAAAAACUAAUCGCUCAAGAAUUCGAGUUGCUCGCUGAAAAAGCUAUGGGUAAAAAACGGAAAAAGGGACCGAAAACUCCUAAAAACCUUGACAUCGGCACUGGAAUCCAAGAACAAAUAGACACUGAAAAUAAACAAACUGAUAUCAAAGAUGUUGCCAAAGAACAAUUGGCAGUCAUAACCGAAGUAUUAACUCCACAGACUGAUCAACAAGAGUUUAUUAUUACGAGUCAAAAGUCUGAUAUGCCGAUGCCAACAGACACUGUUAAAGAUGACACUCUAGAAGUACCACAAUCCCAUGGAUUCCAAGGUAAAGAGCUAUUGACGCCUGAAACUGUAGGUGAAGAGAAAGAAUUUACGAAACCAGAAGAAACUACUACAUUACAACCUGAAGAUAAACAUAAGUCUGGAAAGAAACGAAAGAAGUCACCUAAACCACCGAAAAAAUCUGAAGAACCAAUUAAAACCGAGGAACGGCCCUUAACACCAAAACCAGAAUUAGCUAAAGAACCAUCAACUGUUGAGGAAAGUACUCAACAACCAUCUUCAGAGAAGGUCGAGGCGUCCAACAUAACCAAAAUGUAUGACAUUGAAAUAAGUAGCAUCAAAGCUGACGAGUCUGAAGGUUCAUCUUGUGACGUCAUACCUGACGUCAGCUAUCCACGGGCAGCGAGUCAACAAAUGCCUGACAACAACAAUAAUACCUUCAUCAGAGAAGUAUUUUCUCCUAUAGAGCCUGUUCCAAUAUUACAAGACAUUGCGCAAGCUUUGCCUAAAUCUGAAGAAAAGAAAAGUCCUCCAAAGGAAGAGAAGACAGAUUUAAAGUCUAAGAUGAUGGAAGUCAAUCAAGAUAUGGAAGAGUUACGGCUGUCGAUAGAGAGGUCUUUAGCAGAACUAACGUCUAUAGAAAAAAGCGAAGAGAAUAUUGAGAAGGAGUUUGAAACAACUCGAAACAAAGCUAAGAAUGUAUCCGAUCUCCUAUUUGAUAUAGGCGGUAAUGCAGUUAUUGAACAAAUGAUACCAACGGAGAGUAUGGUAAAAGAAACAGAAGUUAAAAUGAUAGAAGCUACCGAGCCAAAGCCCGUCGAAGAAGUGAAGACGCCAGUGUGUAUGGACGAAACUAAGAUAUCAGCGAAACAACUACAAAUUGUGCCAGUAAAAAAGCAAAAAGGCAAAGGUAAAGGCACUCCAGUUGAAAAAGUACAAAAAGAAGUCAUUCCUUUACCGUAUACUGAAAGUAUACCAUCAGACACCCCAGCAGUCGAGAGUGCAACAGUGCAAAGUCCACCAAAACCUGAAGAGAAACCAAUUGAGAUUAAGCCUGAAAAAGAAAUUAUUAAACCAGCUGAAGUACCAAAAGUCGAAGAAAACAUAUUGCCUGCAAUGUCUUUGCCUGUAGCAGAAAUGAAGACUGAACCAACAGAGACUGAAAAACCCAAAGAAGAAGAAACUCCUAUAGAUGUACCACCAGUAUGUCCUGCAAGAAAAGACAAUAAAAAUAAACACAAAAAGAAGAAAGGCAAGCAAGACUCACAAGUUCCUGCUUCUACUGCUCAAAGCACACCAGCUCCUACUCAAACUCAACAAACCACACAAGAGACUAAAAAAGAAGAAAAACAAGAAUCUAAAACUGAAAGCAAAUCUGAAUCAAAAGGAGGCGGUCAAGGUAAAGGGAAGGGUAAACAACAAGCAAGCGACGUGGAUACUGGCAGUCAAGACAAUGCAUUCACAGAGGCAGACUUUGAACCAAUAGAAAAUUUCGAAGAUGCACUUACAUCCAGCAUUGACGAUGUAAACAAAACAUUUGAGAUGAUCGUUAAAGAGUCGCAGGAACAAAACAAUCCUAAAAUCAACAUCAUAGCGCCAGAUGAAGAGAAAACACCCGUUUCGCCGCCAAAAAACUUGCUAGGCCAUCCCGAUAUUCCUGUACGAUCGAAUAAAAGGGACUUCAAGAAGGAAAAAGAUAAAAUACCGAACGAAAUAACGGCUCGUGUUAAGAUAAAAGAUUCGGUUGAAGUUGAGAAGAAAUCUUCUAAGAACACACAGACGAACAAUAGAAUGAAGGAUUUCAUUAAAGAUUACAAAAUGAAUGACAAUGAUGAUUUUGUUUAUAAGUACAGUUUUAGGAAAGUGUUCCUGCAAAGCGCUUGCCAUGUUUGCAAGAAGAGUUUGUGUGGUUCGCGUGUGCCUUGCAGUUAUUGUAACCUGUUGUUCUACUGUAGUAACAAGCAUAAGGAUGAAGACUGGCCUCAACAUCAGGCUCUGUGCUUCGCUGUCUCCACUAUUGUUCACUUGAAAGGUGAGUAA